CCCAGCAGCUGACAGCAGUAUGGCGGCGGCAGCAGCAGCCGGGCGGCGUGGCGGGGGACUGGGGCGGCCCCCGGCGCCGGCGCCUGUGCCCGUGGGGGACCUGCCGCCCGUCGGCGAGCUGGUGCGGCCCUCGGUGACAGAGCUGUCCCAAGUGAGGACCAACAUCCUGUGCACGGUGCCCGGCUGCGGCAAGGUCCUGCCCAACAGCCCGGCCCUCAACAUGCACCUCAGCAAGGCCCACCCGCUCCAGGGUGGAAAGCAUAAUGCACCAAUAAGAAAGGGUUUGAAAACUUCACAGAAAUUCUACUGCUGUCCUAUUGAAGGCUGCCCUAGAGGACCAAACAGACCAUUUUCCCAAUUUUCUCUUGUAAAACAGCACUUUAUGAAAAUGCACGCUGAAAAGAAGCACAAAUGUGAUAAAUGUAGUAACUCCUAUGGUACAGAAUGGUAUUUGAAACGGCAUAUAGAGGUCUGUGGCAAGACUUUCCAGUGUACUUGUGGGUGCCCUUAUGCCAGCAGAACAGCAUUACUGUCUCAUAUUUACAGAACUGGCCAUGAAAUUCCUGCAGAACACAGGGAUCCUCCUAGUAAGAAAAGGAAAAUGGAAACCUCUGUACAUAAUCAGCAGUUGGCAGAGAAAGCAAAUGAAGCAUUCAUCAACAAAGACAAUAAUAAUCCUGGCUCUCAGGAACUGGAGUCUUCUGAAGUGAAACUAGUGGCCUCCCUUGAAGGCUCCUGCAGCUCUAACUUCACAAACCAAAUGCAGCCAAAAUGUACACCGAAGAUGCUUUUACCAAAGCCCAAGGUGGCUUUGGUUAAACUUCCAGUGAUGCAGCUUGCUCACUUCCCUGUAUAUGUACCUGCAACAGACUCCUCUGUUAAACCUGCUGUAGUGGCCGUUGAUAAUCAAGGUUCAGUAGUAAGUGCUGUUCAUUUAUUGCCUCAAUCUAUAGGAAUUCUGAUUCCAGCACUGGAGGCAGAAACACUUGUAUUUAAAGACAGUAUGCCUGUUUCAAAAGUGACUAAUUCUGGUGACCAUGAACCAGUAAGUACUGGUGUACAGGUUGAGUUGGAUAAGGUUGCAUCGAAUAACACUGGGCAAGAGCUGGGGACUGUUUGUCACAAGGCUAAAGUUUCUUCAGUAAACAUACAGACUGACUUAUCUUGUAUUUCACAAAACUUUGUACCAGCUCCAGCCUGGACUCCCAGUUCUUCUGUAUCCUCUUGGUCUCAGACAGAUCUGUCAUUCAGUUCACAGGUUUCAUUACCCAUCAAUGUACAAACACAGACACUACUGCCUGCUUCCAAACUGACUUCAUCCAUAGCUGCUCAGACAGAUGCUUUUAGUCAGGUUUGUUUUCCAUCGUGUGGCAUUUCUAGAGAGACUCAAACCAGUAGGAUGCAGGACUCUGUUGAUGGAAGAGUGCAGAUGGACCAGGCUGUAAUGUGCAGUGACAUCUUUGACAAUGUUCAUUCAUCAUAUGAUGUUUCUACUCACAUUGAACUUCCGGAAAACAACUUAAUGACUACAAACAUAGAUCAAACCUUGCUGCAAAGGAGUAAUUGCAAGAGCCUAAGUCAAGAUACGGAAAAGUCUGAAUCCCUUAUCAGCUUCAAUACACAGACUAAUUUACUUCCACCUCAAAAUACAAUGGAUAAUCAAACCCAGACAAUGGACCUACUAAGUGAUCUGGAAAACAUCUUUUCAGGAAACAUGUCUGGCCAGACACUGGAUAAUCGUGGCCUUUUGUCCGAGACGAGUUCUAAUGCUGACACACAUCUGCCCUCUGGUCCCUCACAGAGCACGGGAAUAGACUUUGACAUUGAAGAGUUCUUUUCAGCAUCCAAUAUCCAAACUCAGACUGAAGAGAGUGAGCUUGGUACCCUAAACUCUGAGCCAGUUUUGGAAUCACUAGACAUUGAAACUCAGACUGAUUUCUUAUUUUCAGAUAGUGCCACUCAAUCAUAUAGCUGCCGAGGAAAUUCUAACUUCUUAGGUUUGGAGAUGUUUGAUACGCAAACACAGACAGACUUGAAUUUCUUUUUGGACAGUAAUACCCAUCUGCCUUUAGGAAGUAUUCUGAAGCAGUCUAGUUUCUCCAUGAGUACUGACUCAUCUGAUACAGAAACCCAGACAGAAGUAUAUCCAGCCACUAAAAAUGUACCUACUCAGAAUAUUGAAAGCAAAGUCCAGCUCAGUAGCACUGAAACACAGACCAUGGAUAGCUGCUUUGAGAAUCUGGGGAGUUUAUUCCUUACCAGCAAUGAGACACAGACAGCAAUGGAUGACUUUCUUCUGGCUGACUUAGCCUGGAAUACAAUGGAGUCCCAGUUCAGUUCAGUAGAAACACAGACCUGUGAAGAGCUGUGCUCCUUGUUUCAGAGCUCUGACAAGCCCAGCCAUUGAGUGCUACAUAAUAUAACUGUUUCCUGUGGUUUAAAAUUAAGUUAUUGGGGUAGGAGAGAUAGCUUGACCAAGUUAUCCACUUUGCAUUAUUGAAUGUAGUUAUCGUAAGCAGUUGGCCUAAAAGACUUUUCAUGGAGAAGGUACUCUUUUGAAUAUGUGACUUCACUUAAGUUAGGUGUGUGUACAAGGGGGGAAGGGGAGGCUGUAACACGUUAAUGUACAUUUGAACCUUAACAAAAAAUGUGGUGCCUAGUUUUUCCUCCAACUUUUUUACAAAGCUGAUAGUGCUUUCAGUUAAACAGAACUUUUAAAGUUGUUCUAUAUAUAUCUAUAUCUAUCUAUUCCAGCUUACAUAUAGGGUUCCAAUGUGCUGGACCAAAACCUUGACCUGUCCAAGUCAGCUGCUUCCCUGAACUUACGGGGGAGGAUUCUAUUAGUGUAAGCUACUUCUGUUUACUUUUUUUAGUAGCUUGUAUUUUAAAUCCGGCAUGAACAUUAUAAGCCGUAUUGUCUUCUUUUCUUUAUGCCUUCAGAGCUCUUUCUCCUGCAUAAGUUGCUAUUUUCCAAAUAGCUGUCCAACACACUAGACACAUAGAGACUCUUGAAUUGUUAUUUAUUAAAAGUAUGUAGAAAGCAAUGUUUUUUGGUUUUUUUUUCCCCUUAGCAGCACUGAUGCCCUUGGAAGGGUUGCAAAAUACUUUGAAAUACAUAAUUAUAGGGAAAAUGAGUAUGUUGUCCUUUUAGCUAGUGUAAUAAAGGGGACUAACAUUUUUAGGGUCUUCAGAAGGGAUUUGCUUAACUUAUUCUGUCUGUAAGAAAUGUGUGUGCCUCAAAGACUGGAAUAACCUGUUUUCACUGAAAUUCUCCUAGCUUUAUUACGCUACAAGUUGAAAAAUGUUACAGUGGUUUAUACCUCUGUUACCUUAACAGAAAUCUUAAGAAAUGGGGAAAUUAAAUUCUCUAAAAUAUUCACUCUCCUAGACUUGUUUUCGGACUUCCUCCUCCCAAUACCAAUUGGGUUCUUUACAACAGAGCUGGGAGCUCAGCUCACAGAAGCCCUUUCAGAAUGGCUGUUACCUUGCUUUUGCACAUUGAUCUGCAGCCCUCAGUUGCUGCAGCUUUUGGGGAGUUUUUCUGAGUAUAAUCCAAUUCAAGCAAACUCUUCAGAGGAGAAAUGUGUGACCUCAUGGGAUUUUUUUUUAAUGUUCAUCUUGCCUCUUAAACCAUUGUUUGCAGUAUUUUUUAUUUGCAUGAAAAAAAAAUAGGCCAGUUGUGAAUGUACGUUGGAAUUGGGCCUUAACUAAUUUUUAUCUCUUGCUAUAAUACCUACAAAAUAUCAUCCUCUGGUUUUUGUCUCAGACAAGUUUUGGUUUCUGUUACCUUAAAUGAAAAGAGAAACCUUCUGGUGUCAGGUUCCUGGGCCUGUGCCAGACUUUACUCUUCCACUGUGAGAGAAGGUGGUGUUGGCUGCCUAUUUACUAGGCAGCCCAUCAGUACAUAUGUAUGUCCAAGCCUUAGUUUUUGAUGACUCGCUAUGCUUUCUGCUUCCUAUCCUCAGCUCAAGGGCGUGGGAGUUAAGUUACUCAUCCAUUGCAGCUAGCUUGUUUUGUUGAAAAUGAGCAAUACCUUUUUUUGUCUCUUCCUACCACUCUCUUAAAUUGCCAUAGGUAACAGGCCAAUAUGGUGUCUCUACUUUUACUGGAAUUUAACUCUUUAGAUUAACCCUGAAACUCGUCUUUUCCUCCUGAAAAAAUUCCUGAAACUGCAGCUGUGUUAUCUGGUUUAAUUUGUCAACAUUUUUGUGUAAGUUCAGACACUUCCAGUCUUUGGCUGAAGAAACUGCAGACAGGGAUCUUACUGUUACCCUCAGAAACACAGUAAUUCUGUGUUAGGGAAAGUCCUCCCGGGUUUCAUAAUGCCUAGAGCUCUGAUCUUAGAGGUGGGAUAUAUUACAAAAGGGAGGCAUUGCUUGUAAUUCUGUUUCUUCUAAAGAUAUGACUGUUUCAUAAGUACCUACUUACUUUGAAACUGGGAGAUAAGAUAAAUGACAAAAUUAGGGGGUUUUUUUUAGUGCAGUUUUUUUUUCUUUUGUAAUGUUGCAUCUCCAGGUUUUAAAGUGUUUUUUCUUCUCGUUUCUUACCCCUGUCUGGAGUAGCAGAGAACAGUUCAUACGUAGGCUUCUGUGUUUCCCAUGUGCAAGUUGUCUGUACUGACACAUGAAAGAGAGCACUUACUAUACUCAUUGAGGAAAGCUGCAUUUUCCACAGCUGCAGAAGGCAAAAGUGGGAAACUGGUUUAUUACCUCUGGAUUACCUCUGCAAGAGCAGGAAGGUGAUGAGGAGCAGAGUUACAGGAGGCUUUGAAUUAUAGCCAUCUGAGAGGUGAUGCAAUCUUACAAUGUAAUUGUUACUUAUUUAGUGUGCUUUGUAAUUAAAAGUAUUUGAGCUUUGUGUGUUUUAUUAGGACAUGCAAAUACCAUUCCCUUCCCUCAUCUUGUGGACUUAAAAUAGUUUGAACUUUAAUUAGGUGAACACAGUUCUGCAACGUGAAAUCAUUUACUGAAAUUGCAGUAGUAAGAAAUUAUUAACCAUGUCUGCAAUGUCUCGGUGAAGUGGCUCAUUCUCAUCAAAAUUAACUUCUUUCUCUACUAAUCUGCUUCUCCAUAAAUUAUUCAUAAAAGUCAGAGAUGGGUUUGAAUCUGAUGUUGCUGGCAACAUGAUAUCUCUCGGUUUGGAUGUCCUAAGUACCUUUGUGAAAACGUGAAGACCGCAACCAGACUUCGGUUUCCUGAAUCCACAGUAAACCUAAUGAAACUUGAUCUGAAAUACUGAGUAUUUGAACAAGUUAUUUAAAAUGGCUAAGUUUCUGUUUGGGUCAUUGUUUCAAAACUAAACGUCCGUCAGAACUAUUUAUUGGUAGCACUAAAAUAAUAAUUAUCUCCCUUUUUCUGCAGUUUUGUCUCUGAUUUGAUUUUCAAGGCACUGUCUCUAUUGUAAGUAUUGGUCAGCAGAGACUUCCUACUUUGCUUAUUCUCUUUUGUAUUGCUAUUUUAACUUCUGUUUGAAAAGUAACAUCAGAUUCUCUAUAGCCUCUUAGCACAAACGUUAUUCACAAGUGAGACUAAUAUUGCUCGUACUUAGUCUUUGCAUUUCCUGCUUAGUUCUGUUACACUGUGAUUGCUGGAUCUUGAGUUGGAUACCUGUGUAAAUGCUACUCUAAAAUUGAAUUAGUUUUGUAGUUUCACUUGAGCUUUUCUUUAGUAUAUUAAAAAAAUCAAACGAUAGAGCGGAGUUGGGACAUGAGAACAUAAGCACAAAACAGCUGAAAGAUGAGAGGUCUGUCCUGUUGCCUUCCAUGUUUGUUUGUCACAGUGCUAAAAAUUCCUGUGAUGGUAGAUGUUUUUUCUACUUUUGGCUUUGUUUGCAUCUAUUUCCACUAAUAUGCUUGUAAAUACUUCUUUCCGUGUUCAGUGGGGAGAGAAUCCUCCCUCAAGUCUUCUUGUCAGCAUAGAGAAAUUGGUAGUUUGAAGUCAGAGUUUUCUAACAGUAUGUAUCCUUAGCUAUGCAAAGCUGCUUGUGUCUAGAAAAUUUUGACUUCCAAAGGAUCUGAAAUCUUAAAAUACUCGCAGCUGUAAAUUGAACAUCUGUAAAACAAGCCUUGUGAGAUUUUGUCUGGUUUUGAACAAUUAGUGUCUGUAACAUACUGUAUGUAACUAACACUCCUUACAAAUUUUUAUUCCGAGGCAUGCACAGUUAUUUUUCCUGUUGAAAGCAAAGGCUGCGUUUCCUUGUUAGUCAUAUGUACCUUGCCUGGGUAGAGCAACAGAACAAAGAAGGAUGACCUCCUUCCAGUGUUUUAAAUCUUGAUCCUGCUACCACAUGCUCACGUACUCAGUCAGAUCUGAAUUGAUAGUUUUGUGAGCAUUGGCAGGAUUGUGGUCUUAGGGUGUUAGGGGUUUUUUUUAAUAGCCUUCCAAAUAUGGGGUAAGUCAGUAGGACUAAUACAUACUGAAUCAACGUUGGGUGCUCAGCUUACAAAAGAAUAUGUUACUGAAAUGACAGCUUAGCAGUGAACCAAAUGUACUUGCCUUUAUCAGUAAGGUUGUACAGUUUCCUUUGCUUUAAUGUAUUUCUGACGUGUUGGUUUUUUUUUAAAACGUGAUCUUCAUGUACAAUUUACUGUUCCAAAUACAUUCACACCAAAAUGGUUUUGACAUUCUGGGCCUUGCAAGCUUUUUCAUUCGUGUUUGGUUUAAGGUGCUGCUACGCUUGUGUUCCCAGUAGAAACGGCCUCCUGCAAACAGCCUUCUGUGAAUAACUUUAUAUGAACAGUAUGAGGAUAGGGUUGUUCAACAGUGGCAAUCUUCAAUGCAUGGUGCAAACAUGCAUCUACUCUUUCUUUUGUUGUUUUUAUAACAGUUGAUGUGAAGUGUGUGCUAGAAGGAUUUGCUGCUUAGAGCAUGACUGAAUUUUCUUGUUUAAAUGCCAUUGCUAUGCAAUGAACAGAGUCAAGGAACUACAUUGUUCAACUCUGCAUUGCCUUGCCGUCAGGGCAAGGGGAUGUUUGUGUUUGUGCGCGUGACUCUUCCACUUCACCGAAAAUGUAACCAGACAGCCUGAAACAGUGUGAACUCUUGAAGGAACUGCUCAGUUAAGUAACAGAAGGCCUUUACUUCUGAUUCUUUUUUGUAUACUGGCUUUACAGCAGUACCUUCAGUGGAAUACAAUAGAUGACUUGCGAUGAUGUAAACUGUACAUUUCACAACAACUAAUGCUUUACAUGCAUGCUUCAAGCACUUGCAUGCAGAGCUGGAAUGACAGUACUGCUAUCUACAGAUAUUUGCAAGGGCAUCUAUGAUACAAGUAGAUAUGAGAGACAGCCAUAUUUUUUCAGCUUACAGAAUUCAACAACUGACUGUGAUCUAAUUUAAACUUGUAAUUAUUUGGAAUGAAUGAGUAAUAAAUCUCGUGGGUCUUUCCCAAAGCAUGUGUGAGUUAGUCUCAGUAAGGCUGAGAAAUGUCCUUAAAUUUUUUUUUGUUUGUUUGUUUUUCUUCUCAUCACUGGUGGGACUUUGGUCUAGUAGACAAAUGUAGUUUUCAAAGGAUGGCCAUGUUUAACUUUUGCUAUUUAAGCCAGUAAACUUGCAAUGAACAAACAAAAGCAAGCAUUAAUUUCUUAGACCUGUUUUACAAGAGACAAUCCCAAAGAAGGAAUGUUGUCCUAGUAAUUGUGAAACUUUUCUGUAUAUUAAUGCAUGCAGAGAAAACCUUGUGCCAAAAUACUGUUUCAUCUUUCCUUCUGUUGAAAACUGAAGUGUACACAAAGCUACUAGUAAGUUAUUCACAAGUAUUGAAAUGUUUUGUUCUCAAAUGAAGCACUUAGUCCUGUAAAUUAUACAUAUUUUGGAAUAAAGUUAACUUCAAUCAA